AUGAGUGUCCCGCUGUUGAAAAUUGGGGCGGUGCUCAGCACCAUGGCGAUGGUCACCAACUGGAUGUCCCAGACCCUGCCUUCCCUCGUGGGGCUCAACGGGACCACUGUCUCCAGAGGGGGAACUUCCGAAAAGAUCACCAGCGCGCUGUACCCGAGCCCGGAGGAGGGCUGGCAGAUCUACAGCUCCUCUCAGGACGUGGAGGGGAAGUGCUUGUGCACGGUCGUGGCUCCCGCGCAGAACAUGUGCAACCGCGACCCGCGCAGCAAGCAGCUGCGUCAGCUCAUGGAAAAGGUGCAGAACAUCACGCAGUCCAUGGAGGUUCUCGACCUGAGGACCUACAGGGACCUUCAGUACGUGCACAACACUGAGUCACUGAUGAAGACUGUGGACAGCAGGCUGAAGAUUGCCUCUGACAACCCCAGAGCCCUCAACCCCAAGAGUUUCCAGGAGCUAAAGGACAAGGUGACUCAGCUGCUCCCCCUGCUGCCCGUGCUGGAGCAGUACAGGUCGGACGCGCGCAUGCUGGGCGAGCUGAAGGGGGAGGUGCAGAACCUGUCGCUGGUGCUGCUGGCCAUCCAGGAGGAGAUGGGGGCGUACGACUACGAGGAGCUGAGACAGAGAGUCCUGCUGCUGGAGACCAGGCUGCACUCCUGCAUGCAGAAGCUGGGCUGCGGGAAGCUGACCGGGGUCAGUAAUCCAAUCACAGUCCGGGCGUCCGGCUCGCGCUUUGGCUCCUGGAUGACCGACACCAUGACGCCCAGCUCGGACAACAGGGUGUGGUCGAUGGACGGGUACCUGAAGGGCCGACGGGUGCUGGAGUACCGCACGAUGGGCGACUUCACGAAGGGCCAGAACUUCGUGCAGCACCUGCUGCCCCACCCGUGGGCGGGGACGGGCCACGUGGUCUACAACGGCUCGCUGUACUACAACAAGUACCAGAGCAACGUGGUGGUCAAGUACCACUUCCGCUCGCGCAGCGUCCUGCUGCAGCGGAGCCUGCCCUCGGCCGGCUACAACAACACCUUCCCGUACUCCUGGGGCGGCUCCUCCGACAUCGACCUGAUGGCCGACGAGACCGGCCUGUGGGCCGUCUACACCACCAUCCCCAACGCCGGCAACAUCGUCAUCAGCCGGCUGGAGCCGGGGAGCCUGGAGGUGCUGCGCUCCUGGGACACGGGCUUCCCGAAACGCAGCGCCGGGGAGGCCUUCAUGAUCUGCGGCACGCUCUACGUCACCAACUCCCACCUGGCCGGCGCCAAGAUCUACUUCGCCUACUACACAAACUCGUCCAGCUACGAGUACACGGACAUCCCCUUCCACAACCAGUACUCGCACAUCUCCAUGCUGGACUACAACCCCCGCGAGAGGGUGCUGUACACCUGGAACAACGGGCACCAGGUGCUCUACAACGUCACCCUCUUCCAGGUCAUCAGCAACGCGGAAGACUAGAACUUUCACGUCACGCGUUUAAAAAAAAAAAAACAGACAAGCGAAAGCUUUCGGUGACACGGGCGGCCACGGACUCCUCUCCUCCCUUCCUGUGAUGAGUUGCGCAUGGUUAUUUUAAUUUGUGACAGAAAUAAAUUUAAAAUACACCAAUUUGACAUUUUCGUACCUCUCUGCUUGUGUUUCUGAGAAAAAAUUUGAAAUAUCCCAUCUAUAAUUAUUCCAAGAAGAGAAGGGGGGAAAAAAACUUUUUUUGCUAUUUAUAUCACCUUUCUAUCACCUUAGAGGAGAGGUGAACAGUAAAAGAGAGGUUGACAGUAAGUAGAGAGGUGAAUAGUAGAAAGAGAGGUUGACAGUAAGUAGAGAGGUGAAUAGUAGAAAGAGAGGCUGACAGUAAGUAGAGAGGUGAAUAGUAAAAACAGAGGUUGACCUUAAAUACAGGAGCGGUGACUAGCGAAACAGAGGUUGAUAGUAAGUACAGGAGAGGUGAACAGUAAAGGAGAGGCUCAUAGUAAAUAGAGGGGAGGUGACCAGUAAAGGAGAGGUUGAUAGUAAGUCCUGGGGAGGGGAAAGGUAAAGGAGAGGUUGAUAGUAAAUAGAGGGGAGAUGAACAGUAAAGGAGAGGAUGACAGUAAGUAAAGGAUUGUUGAACAGCACAAUUAUAAGAGAGAGGAACAGUAAAAUAAAUUAGAGGCAAACGGCACAGACAUGGAGGGGUAAAGGGUAACAGACAGGGUGAACCGGGUCUGGUGUAAGAGGGCUGAGCAGUGCACACGGAUGGCAGCACAAUAUAAUUAAAAUGUGAAAACUGACAUUGAUUGGUUCAUUUUUAAACUGCCAAUAUAAUUUAACUAAUGUUUCGAAAUAAUAUCAGUUAAUAUUAUGCUCACGCUGUUUUUAAAGCAGAAGAGUUUGUAAAAGGAAUUCAUGAAUUUUCAUAUUUAUCAAAAAUCAUAUGUAUGUACUCCAUACGCUGGGAAUUAUUUUAAUAUUAUUGCCCUUAUUGUUGCUACACAGCAAACUGUACGCAGGUGAGUAAUGGGAGGAGAGCGAGGCUUCACGAAACCCAAAAGGGCUGACGCCUCCAUGUUACCAGCCUGUGACAGCCUGAGCUGAACCCGUAUUAUUCUUGGUGAUGAUCAAAGUGUAAUAUUUUUUAAUGGUUCUGACAAGCCGAUGGUCGACAGCGUGCCAUCGCUCCGCCCCCACUGCGAGAGUCACGAAGCCCCGCCCCCCCUGUCCCGUCGCUGCUCGCGGGGGAGCCGAAUCUCCGUUCAUCUUUAAUUUAUGGGACCCUUUGCGGGUGAUUUACGAGAGCCGGGCGGGUAAUUUGUGUCCGUUACUCCUGAACGCCAUGGGAGCCGCGCAGGUCGUUUAUAUCUGUAGAACCGCAGCGUCUGAUAACUUUGUUCAGGGGUUUGGCCAAGGUGAAAACAUCUUCAAAACAAAGUGCUCCUGGCUGUGCUUGGGUUUUUCAUAUAUAUAUAUAUAUAUGAUAUAUGAUAUAUAUGAAUAUUAAUUCAGAUGAAUAGAUUUUCCAUAGAACAGAUAUGUAUUUGAAAUGGGUCUUAUUAUGGUACAUUGCACUUGCGACGCUGAUGUUUUUGACACUGGACCGGGGAUCCAGGGACAGGAUAGCACCUGGUCGUGAAGACAAGGCUGUUUGUUGGCCAUUUGGACAUCAAUGACAACGAGAGAAAGACCUAAUUAAAACAGAGUGAUGGGGGACGGUUGCUGGAAACAGCUGACUCAAGGGACUAGAGGUAUGUGACAAUUCAUCAUUUUUGGGAGGUUAGGGUGACAAUGUAUGGAGCUGUCUGAAAGUUUUGCUCCCAAAUUUUUACUUAAAACCCCAACAUUAUGAGUGUGAUAAUGAGCUCCAAGGCCAGUUAUACAGACCAUGUUCUUUUAUUUGUCAAGUAAGAAAAGAUUUUUUUUUUUAAGUUAACUGCAGCUGCUUUGUAAUUUGCAAUUAUGAGUCAUCCCUAAUAAAAUGUCAGUGUUCCUGUGUAACCAA